GUUCGGCCCGUCGUUCUUGGCGUGGUUUGGACCCAGCCUCAGUGGAGAAUCAUCUAUAAUCUGCGACAGCGCCAUCACACCUUCUUCUUCUUCUUCCUGACAGCUACAGGCAACGUCUGAAUUCAGCCAGGAGGAUCAACUGAGAGGGAAGAGCAGAUCCACCUUCCCUAAAUAUACGAGGCACGUAAUGUUCCUGCACGUUCAUCCAACCCAGAAGACAUUAACGUUAUAUUGAGGAUGAAAGUAGAGUGGGUUGUUCUCUCCACCCACCUGUUACACUCAUCACAGCCUGAUGCACACAUGCCAAAAUUAUUCACAAAGGUGGUUGAUUGGUGAUGUCUGUAACAACUAGAGGGGAAUUAAUUUUGUUUUUUUUAAUCAAAAUAAAAAAAAUGUUUGUCUUUUUAAUAGCAAGUAUAGUGUUGAUUAUUUUCCCUAUAGCGCUUCUGUUUGUGCGCUUUUACGCACGGCAGGCCUACGAGGUCACGAGGGUUGCGGACGCAAAGUCGCACUUCUUUCAUACAAAACAAGCAUCAACUUAGAAUUUAUAUUUCUUUUAAGAGAAUCUGUUAUCCUGCGCUGAACUCAGAGUCUGGCAAUAAAUUACGCUACAGCUGCGGCGCAUCUGUCCAACUCACCCUGCCAUUAUGAGCCUGUGCGUAAACGGCUGUUUUAAAACGUGUCGGCUGACAGGCCUGAGCCUAAAAUGAAUAUUUCCCCAUAACCAUAGUAACGCAUCAGGGAAUUGUUUGGACUCUGGAUACGGCGACCAUUUACAGAAAAAGUAAAAUAAUUGGUUGAGCAUUUUUUGGGUGGGCGGCGCUGCAGUUUUCUGACGCGCAGCGAUGUACCCAAAUGUGCACUGAGAUCAGCCUAUACCUUCCUCUUUUUUGUGAUAACACACACUCACGCACACCAUCCCCGCCCCUCUCCAAUUUUUUAGAUGAAAGGGCUUUUGGAUUUUGGAUGACGCUCCGCAUCACGUGUUCAUAGGAAAUACACUCGCUAUGAUUUUUUUGGAGCUCCCUCGUCCUGCACUGUCGACCAUAGUUUCUUUUUUCUUCUUCUUCUUUUUGCCGUCUCCGUACAGCUGAGAGGUGGAAAGGUUUACACGGAGCUACCGAUCCAUGUGACAGCAAUCUAGACGUGAGAGCAGGCAUGAGGAAACACUGUGAUAUCAUAGUGGCCGGUCCAUGACGCUAAGCUUCAUUCAGCCCUCUCCACAAUCCACCCACCCUCUGUUCUCAUCCCACCAGGCAACCAAUCGCUGGCAGUCCCAUUCACAAAAAGCUGCACUAUGGCCAGCAAGAGGAAAUCCACUGUGCCCUGCAUGAUACCAUCCAAAUCCAAACAUUUGCGUGAGGAAAUCAUUCUGGGCUCACUUCCAGAACUCCUACCAACAAUCCCAGAGGACAGCAUACUGAGCAUCUCCGGAGAGGAGACAAGCCACGUCUCGAGCUCCUCCAGAUCAGAAAGUGGCAGUGAAACACAGAAAGGAGGUACAUACAGCUGUGUGACCUGCAGGUUUGAAUCCAGAGAUCUGAACUACUUUCUGGAUCACAUGCACAACUGCCACUUAGACUUCAGGGCCCAGCCUACCUUCUACUGCCUAAACUGUAGAGUGUCAGUUGUGCGCUUUGAGGCUCUUGCGCUACACAAUGCCAACUCCCAUCCUAAGAUAAUGGAGGGCUUAAUUACUGCUUCUCUUAGUGUCAACAAGAGAGAUGGAGUCACAACUGUGGAGCAAAGUCUGUUCACGGACAGCGGAGAAGACUACAGAGAGUCUGGGAUCUCCCUUACCAAAACACCAAUUGCAAAGAUGAUGAAAGGCAAGGGGGAGCACAAAAAGAUUGUGAUUUCUCACACUGUGGAGGUACUAAAGAUAGACAUGGGAAAGGAUGUAGAUACUAAUGUGCCUGAACUCCAAAAUGGGGCUCUCAGUUUUUCUGGUGCCCCAGCUAUGCCGAGGAAUGCCGUCAAUCACGUGGUUACCUCGACCGCGCCCGACCAAAUCUUUCACCAGCACAGUCCCUCCCUUUACUCCUCGCUUUCUUCUGACUCCAUUAAAGAUCUUCCAAAGGUGAUGAUCCCUCUCAGCAGCAUCCCCACCUAUGAUGCCGCCAUGGACACCAGCAGCUUUCUCAAGACAUCCUUUGGCAAGUUCCCCUACCCGACCAAAGCUGAGCUUUGCUACUUAACUGUGGUUUCAGAGUUCCCUGAGGAGCAAAUCAAACUGUGGUUUACGGCCCAAAGGCUAAAGCAGGGCAUCAGUUGGUCUCCUGAAGAGAUUGAAGAAGCCAGGAGGAAGAUGUUCAAUACUGUGUUCCAAGGGGGCGCGCCUCAAAAGCAACCUGCUGCACCACGACAGGGCAAUCACAUUGUAACCCACCACACUGCUCAUCCAGGCUCCAAAGGACCAAAUUUCCAGGUGACCAAACUUCCAUUCGGUAAUGUAAAAGCAAGACCCGUCGGAGCCACGCAAGCCAGCAGUUCAACCAACGCCCAUGUUACGCGGGUCUCCUACUCUGCCCCAGUGGCACCAGCCAUGUUCCCGUCUAUCAUCCGAACAGCACAGGUACAAAGCAAGAGUACUGAACCCACCGUGGAGCCUGACAAGAGCAACGGCCUGGAGGCGGCUGGAAACAGCGGUUGUGUCAGUAGCACCAGCAGCAGUCGAAGCAGCAGCAGCUGCAGUAGCAGCAGCAGCAUCAGCAGCUAUUCCGGCAUCAACGGUAAUGAGGCCAUCGCCAAGAAGUGCACGCACAGCAGCAGCCCAGCCGACGGUGCGAACUGCAUGGCCCCCAGCAAUAACUAUGAGCACUGUGUCUAUGACAACAACAGCAAGCCAAACAUCAAAAGCAACAGCUCACUGCUCGGAUCCAGCAGUUCUAACGGUGCCACGAGUGAAGCGAACAGUACAACCACCAGCAAGCCCAAUCCUAGCUGCAACAAUGAAGACAGCGGACCAGAGCGGGCUGACAGCAAACCCAACAAUGAUCCAACAAAGACCAACCACAACAGUAUUAGCACCAAAUCAACAAAUGACAGCAUCUCUAACCAGAACCACACAAAUGAAAGCCUGACUGAAAGCACCAGCACCAAGGUUAUCACCAAAAGUAACUCAUCCAUCACGGAUGAAAGUAAAAACAAAGAUUUUUCCACAAAAGGCAUGUCAAUCUUACAGCAGCUCAUUAAGGAGGACGACCAGUUUAUUGGAGACAAAAGCCUUUCAGAGCUCAAAGGUGACCCAGUGAAGAUCAACUUCAAAAGGCUGAAAAUGAAUAAACCAGAGGCUACAUCGGACAUCAAUCAUCAAGAACACAAGGCUGAUGUUGAGGUUUCGGCUUGUCAUUCCUCCUUCUCCCCCCCUUGGAGCAACAAGACUCCCCAGCAGCUGCACGUCCUCCGACAAGCUUUCUCCAGCACCCGUUGGCCCAGCAGUCUGCAGUACGAGGAGCUGAGCAUUCAGACAGGCCUACCCAAGUCCGAGGUGGUGCGCUGGUUCAGCGACAGCCGAUAUAGCUACAAGAACGGACAGCUGAAGUGGCUGGAGACCUAUCAGCGUCCACCUUCGGAGUCAGAAGAUACAAGUGGCCACAGGGAAACCGAGGCUGAAAAGGGCUCGGCGGCAGCUUGCAAGGAAGUCAUAGGUGAAGACGCACAGCUAGAGGCGGAGCCAAACGCUGGGCAGAGGGCCGUGUGGCAGGAUUCGUACUCCCCAUUGCCGGUUCUUACAAGGUCAGAGGGCAGCAGUGCACGAGCUGAGCAUUCCGCACAGCUGGGAGUCCCACAGGAUCCCUGGGCAGACAGAGGGGAGGAUCUCCAGCAGCAAAUGGCAAAUGAGUCGCUCAUCGAACCCCAGCGUGACACCAAUCAAGACAGAGAGCACCUAAGGAUGGAGCUGCUGGAGGUGUGACGAAGAACAACUGAGCAACGUGAUGCCGGAAAACUGGUUUUGGCCUCGGGGUCCUAAAAACAAAAAAACAAAAAAGAACAAAGUGUGUUUGUAAUGACAGCAAAUGUGAUUGUAGCUGGACCGUUUAACUCUGACUGUAACUGUGAAUACCCCCACCCUUCCUCCUCUUCUUCCACCUGCCAUCACUUCCAGCCAUCGUCAAAAGAAAGAACUUUUCACCUUCAAGUCCUGUGAUGUUUAAGGCUUUUACGCUUUUUUUUGUGGUCGUGUGGGGAGGGUGCACAAUGAGGUCAGCGCGAGGGAUCAAAGAAAAAGACAGAAAAGACGCACACUGUCUUGAAAACUGACUUGAAUGAAAGAAGACAGCUUAGGAUGGGGCAGAGAGGGAUUGUUUUUAGGCAAUAGGGAGAAAUUAUUAUAAUAUAUAUAAAAGUGUAUGUGUGUGAUGGAAAAUGCACUAUAGAUAAUGGUUUGUACUGACUGGACAAACACGCGAUGUGUCAAAAAUGUUAUUGUUAGAAUUGUAAUAUUUUUUACUUUUAUUUUUUUUUUUUUAGCAAAAAGUGUUUCAGCACUGCCUUGAAUGACUUUUUCUGUUUGGUUUUCAAACUAUCUACUCUUCUAUAGUCACUGUUAAGUCCAGAUGCAAUCAAACAUGUUUUUGGAUCUGUAUACAGUAAAUGUUGAUCACUUUGCAGUUCAGCUACAUGCAAGAGGCUAUAUACAAUGCACUAAUGAAGACAGUGAUGCUAAAAAAAAAUAAAUAAAAAAAAAUCCUGCUUUACUAUUGACUGCUCAGUCAAAAUCAAUACACUACACUGCCCUGCAAACUGAACAGACAAGCCUGUCACGCUAAUGUUGCCUUACUCAGCUCCAUCUGUGUGUUUCUAUGACCUGUUUGUCCAUAACCUUGCUUUUCAGCUACUGUGCAGUCCAGAUAUGUAGGAGGAUGAAAAAGAAAAAAAAAAGUACAUGCGAGUUUAUUGGUGGUUAUUGUUAGUCUAUUUCUGUGAAAAGAAAAGAAAAAAAGCAUAAAAUUUGUGCUGCUUUUGUACAGUUGGAGAUGUUUAAGCUGUAAUCAUUUGUAAUGGUGAUGCUGGGAAGAAAAAUCCUCAAAAGCAAAAUUCUCAAUUUGAACCCAAGACACAGAGAGUGAGACAUUGUGCUAGCUAGAGAGCCAAAUGAGCAGAUCUUUACACUCCUCUGAAUUUUCUUGUUUAUAUAAACAUACAUCCACUACAUGAAUCCUAUUAAGCUGCAUCUUUGUCAAGCUGCUAAUAGCGAAGAACGGUGCUAUACCAUCCAAAGUGAAAUUGGAGUCUGAUCUCCUACCAGCAGUGUAUGCACUUGUGUCGAAUGUUGAAAAUUUAUUUUGGUUUGACGUCAAUGGAAUCUGGACUUGCGGUGUAAAUGAUCACAAAAAGUUUUUAUGGAAGUAGUCUGAUCGUAGAACACUGUUGUGUCGUCCUUUCUACAGCUCUGAAUCUUUACAGAAUAAACUAAAUUCUCACCAACCA